GGUGACAUCACUUCCAUCCCGGAGCUCGCCGAUUACAUUAAAGUCUUCAAGCCUAAGAAGCUGACGUUGAAAGGCUACAAGCCGUAUUGGUGCACCUUCAAAGAUACCUCUAUCUCCUGCUAUAAAAGCAAAGAGGAAUCCAACGGGACUCCUGCACACCAGAUGAACCUGAGAGGAUGUGAAGUUACCCCUGACGUGAACAUCUCCGGUCAGAAGUUUAACAUCAAACUUCUGAUCCCGGUGGCGGAGGGAAUGAAUGAAAUCUGGCUUCGCUGUGAUAACGAGACGCAGUACGCCAGCUGGAUGGCCGCUUGUCGCCUGGCUUCUAAGGGCAAGACGAUGGCCGACAGCUCCUACGGCAUGGAAGUGCAGAACAUCCUCUCCUUCCUGAAAAUGCAGCAUUUGAACCCAGAUCCACAGCUCAUCCCGGAACAAAUCACCACCGACAUUAACCCCGAGUGUCUG